AUGACAUGGAAAUGUGUUUUUGUUAUAGUUGAUUGACAUUUGGUAACUUUUUGCUUCUUUGAUGCUGUUAUAUGGAGGCUAAUUAUAGCGUCUCAGCGACGAGGAGGAAAGUCCUGUCAUUGUUAUUACCAGCUCGUACAGAGAAUCAAAGAUCAACGGAGAAUAAGCUGAGGAGAUCCCAGCCCCAGAUCUAGGGGUUCUCAUCCAGCCAUGACUCGUCCUCCGCUGCUCUUCUUCUGCUUCUGGCUGGCUUUCCUCAUAACUGAUCAGGUCUUCUGCCUGCAAGUGCAGCUAAAAAUGUAUGUGGAUUCAUUGGACGAUCAAUACAUUGGAUGUCUAUACAAAAUGGAGUCCAUAGCUCCAGAAUUACUGAAGAAGGAACGAGAGUUGAGACCAGACCUGGACGUCGCUUGGAAUACCUCAUCUGCAGCAUGGAAUGAAAAGAAAUCUUCUGUGGGACACGUUCCCGAUGGUUUUAAGGAUGAAUAUGGGGUUGCAUUAUUAUUAUAUACCUAUAUGGAUUUACAGUUGUACAAAGAAUUAAACAGAGGUGUCCGGGAAUAUGGACAACGUCCCGACUCCUUCAUGUUCCACUCAUGGCAUUUCUAUGUUACCAGAGCUCUCAGUUUGCUUUAUGCUGGCUGUGAUGGGAAUCCAUGGUCUACAUACAGAGGAACCAGUACGGUCCAGUUUGAGCCGCCAUCUGACCCUCAAGCUACUAUAAGACUUAGCCAGUUUUCUUCCAGCUCUGCUGAUAUCAAGCAGGCCCAGCAAUUUGGCCAAGCAUCAUUCUUCAAUAUUACCACGUGUUUCGGGGCAGAUAUAGAAAAAUUCUCACACUGCCCAUCCCAGAAGGAGGUGCUCAUACCUGUCGAUGAAGUGUUUCAUGUCACCAAGUACAUUAAGAAGGGGAACAGGCUCAUCCUCCAGACCACUAAUAGGGACCACUAA